CUCCCUCCCCAGUGCCGCCCCGAUCCAAGAUGGCGUUUACGUUCGCUGCCUUUUGUUAUAUGCUCGCGCUGCUGCUCACCGCCGCCCUGAUAUUCUUUGCCAUUUGGCACAUCAUAGCAUUUGAUGAACUGAAGACCGACUACAAGAAUCCUAUAGACCAAUGUAAUACACUCAAUCCUCUUGUUCUUCCCGAGUAUCUCAUCCAUGCCUUCUUCUGUGUCAUGUUCCUCUGUGCAACAGAAUGGCUAACACUGGGUCUCAACAUGCCACUGUUGAGCUAUCAUAUCUGGAGGUACAUGACUAGGCCAAUAAUGAGUGUCCCAGGUCUAUAUGAUCCCACCACUAUUAUGAAUGCUGAUAUAUUAGCGUACUGUCAGAAGGAAGGAUGGUGUAAGCUAGCAUUCUACCUACUGUCAUUUUUCUACUACCUAUAUGGCAUGAUCUAUGUCCUGGUGAGCUCCUAAAAAGAUGAUUACAGACUCCAAUGAAAUUGAUGACUCCAUUGAAGGAAAAUAGAUGAUGGUUGUUUUUCAAGAGUUUAGAUUCAACUGCAGGAUUUGUAGAAAACCAGAUAUGACCCACAUACAUACAAAUUAAAUUAUUUCCUCACUUCUUUUCAUGGACAUUUUGCCUUCAAGAUGUAUAUCCUGCCUUGUAAAUUAUUUUGGUAAAUUGCCUGGACAAACAACGCAGAAAAAUUGAGAUGUUUGUGCUUUAUAAAUAUCGGCAAUGACAGUGUAGUUUUAAACAUAAAAUUGAGUUUGUACUUGAUUUGAUGCUAACUGCAAAUAAUAUACAGGUAUAUGUGUAAAAUUAUGUAACUAGGCCUAAAUGUGUUUAAAUAUCUAGCUGAAACAAGCAACCAAUUAUAGUCCAGAGGAUGAAUGCAGAUUGCACACCCGAAACCUCAUUGGAUUCCUGUUUACAUUAAGUUUUUAGUAAAUUUAUAGUUUUUGAGGAAAGAGAAUUUAUUUUAAACAUCUUUAUGUUGUACACGCAGGAGAUUUGGCAAAUGUAACCGAUGAAAGUCGUACUUUGCGUAGACAAGGAAUAAUUUGUGUAAAAGAAAUUCAAUUUGCAUUUUCUACAAAGUGACAUGUCUUUCAAGCGAACCUUUUUUUUUGAAACUUUCAAAUUUGCCGUGAAGACUGUUUUAGUUCAUAGUUUGAAAGUGCCAAAGCGAUACUUGUGAUUUGACCUAUAUAUUUAUAUUGUAAAGGCUGAAAUACAGAAAAGCCUUAACAAAUUGGGUUGUUUUAAAUGUCAAGUUAUACUUUUUGUAGUUAUGGCUGAGCUUUCAUUUCAAGCUGGGAGUUCAACCCUGAAUAACACAAACCCCCUGUUAAAGCUAGCUUGUCAAUCUCAACUUUGUAAUAUUGAGGUUCGCCUGUAUGUGGUUGUGGUGCACUACAGCUAUUUUUUUUCUGUACAAAAUCCUGCAAAUAAACUUGCUCAGUUAUAAAAUAAAGGAAACAAUAGUACUGUAAAAUGUGUGCUAAU